AUGUUUGGGACACGAAGUUAUUCAAGCAAUAGUGAUACUCAAAUGAGAUUUGGAGGGGUCCCUUACUAUGGAAGAUUGAUAACCAUUAUUAUGCUUUCCUAUGAUGGCUUUACAAUGCCCAUGUUUAAAUGUGAUUGGGCUAAUACCACAAACCCAAGAGGCAUUAAAAUAGAUAAGUUGGGUUUUACCUUUAUAAACUUUGCAAGACUACUACAUAAUGGGGAACAUGAAGAUAAUGAUCCAUACAUUCAAGCAUCAGAAGCUCAUAUGGUUUUUUAUGUGGAUGAUGAGAGUGAACAAGGAUGGAGCAUACCUGUUCAUUUGAAGCCAAGAGACUUGUAUGGCAUGGGUGGAAAUGAUGAAAUUAUGACACCCAUUGAGCCAUAUCCAUCACAAAAUUUGGAACAAUUUUUUUCGAAUGAUGAUCUUGGAACUUCAGCGGCAAAUGAUGAGAAUAAUUAA